AUGGAUUGCAUUGGUGAGGAGGUGUUCAAAAAACGGCGAAGACUCUGCAUUGCUCUGGCAAGGGAGAUUGACAACAAGAAUGAAAAGUUGCUGGAGAUGGAGCGUACAAUGAAAGAGAAGGACAUCCUGCUUAAAGAAGCUCUUGAAGCAAAGCAAAGCUUCAAGCUAGAACUUGAAAAGCUGAAGAGCAGGAUGGAAUUCCAAAAGAAAGAACUUGAGCAGCAAGGCAAGGAAGAAUUCAAUCACUGGCAAGCAACGGUAGUUGCACAAGGCAGAAAGCAAGAGAACAGUGAUAUGGGAUGUGUAGUGGAAUCUCAGAAGAUGAACUUAGAGCAAGCAAUCAAUGAAAUCGAGAAAUUUGACUCCAAAACUGACCUCAAUGGACAGCAUACCAUGGGUAACAAGGAUGAGGUGGCGACUAGUACAGUCCUCUCUGAUACUAAACAAUUUUUCAUGAGCUGUUGUGAGAAUCCAAAUGAAAGUAAAGCACACAAUGCUGUUGAUUAUAGACGUCUUAAGGUGUGA